AUGUCUUCCGAAGAGGAUCGAGUUAAAUCUGUAGGAAAAAGGGAAAUUUCUGAAACCUCUGUUGAGGAAAGUGGAGCUAAAGGUAAAGGUGGCAGAGGUGACCGUAAAGUGUCUGAGAAGGACAUAGAGAAAGGUAACGAAACCCAGGAACGUAAUACACCCACUUCGCAAAUAACUGGCGGAGACAAUCAUAAAAAGAAAGACCUACCUGCUCGUAAACCUGUAAAGACAGCGCAAGAUGAGGAUAAAUUUUCUUUAAACCCUGACCGAAAAGGUGGCGAAGGCGAACAGACUGCAGACGAAUCUCCGGAAAAAGGGUUCGAUGAGCCGCGAUUAGAUCCUCAUGAGGGACUGCGACAAAAAGUUAUCAACCCCUUCCAUCUUGGUAUUAAGUCGCAAUCAAGUUAUUAUCCCCAUCUGGGAAUUUUCCUCGCCGCCAUAGUUGCAUGUGUAGCCUUCUACCUUUUUACUCCUAAGAGCGACGUAGAGACUGAGUCUGACCUGGAGAGUGUCUUCAGGAAUGGGCUUGAAAAGUUACAGUUGUCAUUCACUAAUCAGACCGACCGGUUCUGGAAGAUUUUAGAAAGUCGCAGAUUGGCUCAUCUACGGAAUAAGGAUCCCUCACAACCACUGGUGUUUUUACUGGCUGCACCUCCAGCAGCACAUGAACACGUGGAUUGCCUGGCCCUUAAACUAGCACAAAUGCUGGAUCCAAGACAUAAAAAAAAUCUGACCAGAAUUGAUGGUGAAAAAGAGAAAGCAAAUCCUCCAAAUGAGACCAAAAUGACGAUGGACAAAGAAAUUAAGAAAGGAAUUGAGGCGGAUCACAAGGUAGUGCUCAUCUGUCACCUUGAGCUUCUCCCGCCACCCUCGCAACUUCUGUUUCACUCUUAUUGUGAUGAUCAAAAUGCACCAUAUAAGGAAUUGGCCUUUAUUUUUACUGUACAUAUGCCAAUAGAACCCAGCCCACCUCUAUCUCCUAAAGAAGCAGAGGGAAGUGUAGAAAAGUAUCUUUCAGGUGAUGUUUGGGAAAAGGAUGAUAAGGAUGCAAUUGCUGCUCUCCUGGUCCGCAUUGCUGACACCGUGUUGCUCAUGAACGGCGAAACUAGUGAUUCAGCCAGGGCCUUUUGUUCUUAAUUCACUAACUAUCAACAGUGUUUGGCAGGAUGGAAUAUUAUCCUGACCUUUGGAAUGGUGUGUUGCAGUUCAAUAGAGCAAACUUGUCUCUCAGAUCUGUCUUUUCAUUUUUAGUAAUGGUUUGCAU